AUGUCCGAGAGCUGCAGCAAGGAGGGCGCCCCGGCCGAGUGCCCCGUGUGCUACGAGAGGUUCCAGCCCCUGGAGGCCACGCACCGGCGGCUCAGCUGCGGCCACACCUUCUGCCACGACUGCCUGGUGAAGUGCCUGCUGUCGGCCAAGCUGGACGGGCACGUCCAGAGCAGCAUCACCUGCCCCGUGUGCCGCUACGUCACCUUCCUCAGCAGGCAGCGGGCUCUGUGGCCGGCCAGCGGCCCCCGGGGGCCGGAGAUGCCGCUGUCGCCGUCCUCCCUGCCGCACCUGGCCAAAAGCGAGGCCGGCAACACGCUGGUGGUGCCCAGUCACUUCGUGCUGCCGGUGCAGAGCCUGGAGCGGGGCUCGCCGGGGCUGCCGGGGGUGCUGGCACGGGAAGCUCACAUCUUUGUCAUCAGCGAGCACGGCAUGCCCCUGGUGGCCGCGGACCGCGGCAGGAGCGCGGCGGACACGGCCAGCUCGGUGUCGUCCGGCCCGGCCCUGGGGCUGAAGUGCUGCCAGUCCCCCAUGGCCCUGGCCGUGAUGCUCGUCCUGACCCUGGCCAUGCUGGCGGCCGUGCUCCCCUGGCUGCUGCUGGUCAGGAGGGACUUGUAG